AUGGUACUUGCACACAAGGCUGUGAGGGAUAAAACUUUUCGCAAAACAGUCAUGGCAACGUCCGACAACGUGAUACUCUUUGACGUCGGAGCAGGUCAGGUACAGCCCCAAAAUCCACAGCUGAUGAUUGAUCGUCUGACUGAUUACCCGGUGUGGCAGGCACGAGGCUCAAGAAACCACCAGGAGGAUCGAUGCACGGUCAUUCUGCCGGAGCAGUUCCCCGCCGAGACGAAGGAGAAGCUAGCGUUCUUUGCGAUAUACGAUGGACAUGGGUCUUCAUCAGUGGCAGACCACGCCAGCAAGAAGUUGCACCAUCUCCUGGCUGAGCGACCGGAGCUUAAAAAGGGAGACUACUCGGGAGCCAUCAAGGCUGCGUUGGCAGACGAGGAUGCCCUUCUGCUGGAGAGAUUCAAGCAUGAUACGGCCGAGCCUGCAAUCUCCGGAUCCACUGCAGCUAUAUGCCUGUUGAACCUCACCCAGGGCGAGCUGGUGGUCUCUAACCUAGGCGAUUCACACGUUAUCCUAGCGGAGCGAGAUCCCAAAACAGAUCGUCCCUAUCACGUCCGCCGAAUCACCGAGGCACAAGCGCCAGAAAUACCCAGUGAACGACGCCGUAUCGAAGAGGCCGGAGGCGAGAUAAGUAUGGACAGUGGCACUACGCGACUCGGAUCCCUGAAUAUGUCGCGCGCUCUUGGAGACUUGCAGUACAAGAACCCUGUCAACGAGGGGCAGGACCAAAAAUAUUGGACCGGAGCACGGGCUUCGUCAUCAUCCAACCCCGGAAAUUUCCUGUCCAACGAUCCAUUUACCUCGCGACGAACCCUCUUAGCGGACCAACGGUACCUGUUAAUGGUUAUCUCGGAUGGUGUUAGUGAUACCACGGGAGACGCGGCCGUGGUCCAGCACGUAAUGGAAUUGGCGAUGCGGGGGAGGCGAGCCAGUGAGAUUGCACAAGAGGUUGCCACUAAUAAUACUCGGCAUAGUAAGAGUGAUAACGCCUCUUGUAUUCUAGCAAUGAUUGAUGGACGAAGAUCGUAG